AUGUGUGUCCCGAUUCCACUCAUUCUGCACGCCAAAAUCCCCCUUUCCCAAAAGAUUGUUCUCGUCGCCCUAUUCUCCUCCGGCAUCUUCGUCAUGAUAUGCGCCGUUCUUCGCGCGUAUCUUUCCGUCCGAGACAUCGAUCACCUGCCCACCGCACUCGGCUGGGCUUCGCGCGAAGGAUUCGUAUCGGCAUUCAUCGUCUGCGCACCGGGAAUCAAACCUCUCUUCACCCGCAUCGGAUGGUUCAAGUCAUACGGAUCCUCAAAUAACUACGCCAACAAGUAUAGCUCGACCCACAAAACCCGGACGGGGAGAUUUACCUCCCGACAAAGCCGGGAGUUCAAUACGCUCAAUUCUACAAAUGAGGUGCAUCCGUAUGAGAUGUCUAACAUGGCGUGGAAUGGCGGACGACGGGAUUCUUCCGCUGAAAGCCAGCAGCAUAUCAUUGAGGCUACCCCUCAAAAGCGUGGUGAUAGCCCUGAACAUGGAAUUGUCGUAACGACGGAUGUUACGCUCGCUCAUGAGGUCUCACCUACGGAGUUAAAAUCGCCGGGGCGGUGUAGAAGUUGA